GUGCCGGCCUUCCGGCGAAUUGUGAUUUUUGCAGUCAAUUUUAUUAUUCUAUUUUAGAAAUAGUAUUAUAUUUUAUUUGCACAACUUGCAAACUUAUUGCUGUGAAUUCUGUAAACUAUCCAGUUAUUCGUCUCUUUUUGACAUUAGUUAGUUAACCUCAUUUAAUUAUUAUUUUUAUUUGUAGCCUAGUUAAAACAAGAGGAAUAGGCCUAGGCUAACUCAUUUAACCUUUGAAUCAAGUACGCCCUUAAGUUUAAAUAGUUAUAAUGGCAGACGAUGGCUGGGAUUCUGGUGGUGAAAGCUCACAAUCUGCACCUGUCUAUUCAACAACCUUCUCAAGAGGGGGUGGUAGAGGAGGGCGAGGAAGAUUCAACUCUGAUGAUGGCAACCGUAACAACUGGAGGGAUGACAACAGGGAAGAAAGGGGUGGAUGGGGGAAUGACUUCAGAGGUGGACGUGGAGGAAGGGGCUCUCGAGGAGGAGGGGGAAGAGGUAGGGAUGGUGAGGGAUUUAACAGAGGUCGAAAUGAUAAUUGUAUAACUAUGACCAUCAGUUCGUCCGAUGUUGGUAGAAUUAUUGGAAAAGGAGGAUCCAAAAUAAGAGAUUUGGAAGCUGAGUCUGGAGCAGAAAUUAAGAUUGAGAAAAACAACGGUGCAGAUGAAACUCAGAUAACACUGCGAGGUUCUGCUGAGAGUCAGGAGAAGGCAAAAGAAUUGAUAGAUGACCUGGUGUGUGAUGUGGAGGGGUGGGGUCCGGGGGGAAAGCCAGGCAUGAGGGGAAGAGGAGGGAGGGGCGGCAGACGAGGGAACGACAGAAGUCACAGCAACAUCCCUAUCAAACGGAGAGAACUGGAUGACAUGGAACCUCCAAACAUAGACUGGGACCAAGUCAACAGAGCUUAUGAGGAGGGACAAAAACAGAAGUGGGCAAACCUUGCACCUCUUAUCAAAGAGUUUUAUAAAGAAGACCCCGAAGUCAAGCAUAUGGACCCAGAAUUUGUAGCGCAAUACAGGAAGAAAAAGAACAAUAUCGUUGUGCAGUACACAUUUGGUGAGUGUGGAGAGGGCAUUCCGAACCCGGUUUUGACCUUUGAGCAGGCUUUCGCCCCGUACCCCGAUAUCCUGGAACAGAUUUACAACCAAAACUUCACGGAACCUUCGCCCAUUCAGUGUCAGGCGUGGCCCAUCCUGUUGAGUGGGAAAGAUUUAAUCGGCAUCGCACAGACUGGAACAGGUAAAACCCUGGCAUUCCUGUUGCCUGCGUUGAUCCACAUCGAGGGUCAGCCCACUCCGAGGGGAGAGCGAGGAGGGCCCAACGUCCUCAUAUUGGCUCCAACGAGGGAACUGGCUCAGCAGAUACAAGCUGAGGCCAGCAAAUACUCGUACAGGAACAUAAAGUCGAUGUGCAUCUACGGAGGUGGCAGUCGCCGUGACCAGAUAGAUCAACUGAGGAGAGGGGUGGAGAUUGUAGUGGCGACUCCUGGACGUAUGAAUGACCUGAUUGCUGCCGGUGAUCUGAACCUUCAAGCCAUCACAUAUCUAGUUUUGGAUGAGGCAGACCGAAUGUUAGACAUGGGAUUUGAGCCAGAGAUCCGCAAAACUCUCUUGGACAUUCGUCCUGACAGACAAACUGUUAUGACCAGUGCUACAUGGCCGGCAGGCGUCAGGCGACUGGCAGAGUCCUACAUGAAAAACCCCAUCCAGGUGUAUGUUGGCUCUCUAGACCUGGCCGCCACACACUCCGUCACCCAGACAAUCGAGUUUAUGGACGAGUCCGAGAAGGAGCCUAGGCUGCUGGACUUUUUGUGCAACAUGGGUCCAGAAGAAAAAGUUAUGGUAUUUGUCGGCAAAAAGUCAAGAGCAGACGACAUCUCCAGUGAGUUAGCACUCGCGGGGGUCAACUGCGAUGUGAUUCACGGUGAUCGAGAGCAAAGCGACCGGGAACAAGCCUUGAUUGAUCUUAAGUCAGGAGAAAUCAGGAUAUUGAUUGCUACAGAUGUAGCUUCUCGUGGAAUCGACAUUCAGGAUAUCACGCACAUCAUCAAUUAUGACUUCCCGCGCAACAUCGAGGAGUAUGUUCACAGAGUUGGACGUACAGGACGUGCGGGUCGGACUGGCGAGGCCAUCUCGUUUGUCACCCGACAAGAUUGGGCUCAGGCUCGGGACUUGAUAAAGAUGAUGGAGGAGGCGAACCAGAUCGUGCCAGAGGAGCUAUAUCAGAUGGCUGAAAGGUUUGAGGCAAUGAAAGAGAAGAAAGACCAGGAGAGAAGUCGUGGUGGAGGGAGGGGUGGGGGAAGGUUUGGAGGAGGCGGAGGAGGUUAUGGUGGAGGCGGGGGUGGAUAUGGUGGAGGCGGGGGUGGAUAUGGAGGCGGCAGAGGGGGAGGAGGAGGACGAAGAUGGUAGACUAAGAUCUGAACUUUGUGAUGUGUAACUUAAGCUAAGAUGUUAUUAAUCAAUAAAAUCAGUUUAUCAAACUGUGAUAUUGUUUUACAAGAUAUUUCAGUUUUCCUUGUUUUUAAGAAGUUAUUCUUUUGUACAUUAUU